AUGAGCCUGCCGGGCGGCAUGGACGUGUCGACGGCGUUGCACCACCACGCGGCCGUGCUGGGCGCGCUGCCGCCGGCCGCCUUCUUCCUGCGCGCGUCGGAGCGCUACCAGCGCACGCCCAAGUGCGCGCGCUGCCGCAACCACGGCGUCGUGUCGGCGCUCAAGGGCCACAAGCGCUACUGCCGGUGGCGCGACUGCGUGUGCGCCAAGUGCACGCUCAUCGCCGAGCGGCAGCGCGUCAUGGCGGCGCAGGUGGCGCUGCGGCGGCAGCAGGCGCAGGAGGAGAGCGAGGCUCGCGAGCUGGGGCUGCUCUACUCCACGGCCUCCGGUGCCCCCGGGGGCGGAGCCGGCUCCCAGCCGCCGCCCGCGCUGCCGCCCCCGCAGCUAAGCCUGCCGCCGGCCUUCCCCGACCAGCCGCACCCCCACCCGCUCGCGCACCACCAGCACCAGCUGCACGCCGACGCCGGCAGCGCCUCGCCGCCCCCGCACCACGGUGAGUCCGCCAGCGUGCUGUCGCCAGUCGCUACUGUCACGGUCGUCAGACACCCUGCUCUAGCGCCACGCCAGUAG